GGCUUCUCAUAACAUGUGUUAGCUGGAUGGUACACCCACGGUUUAAAGCCUCUCUUCACCUCAAGCUCUAUCCUUUUUACCUGGAAUCCACAAGGAAAAAGAAAUAUUAAAGCUAAGAUGGAGAGCCAUGGUGUAAUGACUGUAUUUUUGCUGUCAAUCAUUUUGAUCUGGACAGGGCUGGCUGAGGGACGUGUUGGCCAGCCAUGUGACCGCCACAUGUUUGAUAGCAGAGUUAAUAGCGUCUGCCUACAAAACUUCAACAAGAGCAUGGAGACAAGUGGCUAUCAGGACAGGUGCCCGUGGCCCAUGGCAAAAGGAGUCUACAACGUGCUGAAGUAUUGUGUGGAUCACUGGGCCAUCCUGACAUCGUGUAAAGGCUGGGAAUUUCUGGUGGACAAAUUCUUCUUGGAUGUCCAUCAGAUGUACUUUUCCCUCUGCAACAGCCGGAUUCAGGACCCCCCGCUCACCACUCUCAUCAUGCUCAUAGUACCUGGUAUUAUUGCUACGUUGCUCGUGCCUGCUCUGUGUGCUCACCUCACCACCCAGGACACAGAGAGGCUUGGCACUUUGGGUUUCUGACAUGCUGAGAUGACUUCUGAAGAAACACACACACAAACCACUCCAUUAUUACUCCCAAUUACAAACCACAGUGAAGCAUUUUAAAUUGCUAAAAUAAAAUUAAGAGGCAUUUCCUGAGGUUUGACCAGAAUGGGUUUUUGAAGUGUGAUACCAGUAUUUUUGUAUUUUUAAUAUGAUGGAAAAGCCAUCAAAGCAGUAUUUUGACCAUCAUGUGACACCGAAACGCUACAUCCAAACAUUAAUGAAACACUCUUUAAAGGGACACACACACACACACACACACACACACAAGAAAAAAAAAAAAAAAAGAUAAUAUAA